GUUUAGACGGUAACGGAGAACUUCUGUAUUGACUAGUGUGUCGUUAGCUGACUUCCAGAAGAAGCCGAGCAGCAUCAUCAACAAGCUAGUCAGUGAUGGCGACUGACCGUUAACGCUGACAAAAAUAACCUUAUUUUAUAUCUUUUAUUGGACAUGUUUUGCUUUUCAGUAUAAAGUUACUUAAAUAACUAUGUUAUAUUCGCAGUUGCCAGUUUAUUUGGUACAACUAUCUCAAACUAAUAGUCUAAUACAACAUUACUUCAAUACAUCAUACUCUUAUGAAGGUUAUAACUGUCCUUUGUUGUUGUCAACUGACACAAAUAUCCUUAUUUUAAAUGUUUUCUUGGACACAUGUUUUGCUUUAUUUCACCCCUGUGUUUGCCCAUAAAGAUAAAGCCACAAUUCACAAGAUAGUUCAGUAUAAAGGUAAAUAAAGUGUUAUGUUAUAUACUACCAGUUUAUUUAGUACAACUUGCUAAAACUAAUAAAUAACACUCUUAUGAAGGUUAUAAUGGUCCUGUUCUUGUUGAAGAAAGAGGUUGAUAUCUAUGAUAACUAUGAUCAUUUUGAAUACAGUGUCACAUCAUAUUGAGAAGUUUCUCUAAUAUUUUAGCCACUUAAUAUGCAUAUAAAUGAGGAUAAACUAAAUCUUAGACACACCUCUAAGUAUAAAGCAAUAUAGUUCAGCAGCACCACAAAGUACAAUGUUGAAUCUGUACCUCUUUAAAACAUUUAACUUCUUGAACUUAAGGAUUUAUUGAUUUUAGUUUAGCAGCACUUUAACUCUGUCUUAUAUGAAUUUAUGGUGCUUUACGAGCCCUCGUAUGCAUGACACAAUAAUAAAACCACUUAAAUUUACAUAUCCAGAGUUUAAACUACUAGAAACACUUGAAACCCUUUGGACUCAACACACCACAUACGUUUCUGUGUGUGUUUUCCAGCUGAAACUGUUAAAUACUUCAGAGGAGAAGAAGUUCCAUAGUUUCUAUAUUAACUUCGCGUCACGGUUAGCUCGUCAGAACCGUGUUUAAUUAAUCUUCUCGCUUGUGUCAAACUGAAACUGGACUGUCAGCAUGUUUUUGAGUUUCAUGUCAGAAACCUUCCACUGGAGGGCAGCCGAUCAUCAGCGCAGCCAUCCUCUGCGUUUUGUAAUUUCCUGUAAACUCAGUGUUUUAUGCAGCUUAGCUCCUCUGGUUUAUAGAAAGCAACACACCACAUGAGCUCCACAGGGGUAGAUUGUUAGUGCCCCGUCAGUAUUUUAGCACAAUAUACAGGCUUUUAUUUGUUAAUUUUAACAAGAAAUGCUGGUAAUAAAACGUGUGUGUGAGGUCACGCUGCAGCUCCUGGUUUAGUUUUUCAGAGUGAUCUCUGCAGCAGGAUUUUGUCAGUGUUAAAAUGUUGCUGACUAUGCUGAAGUGAACCUAAUCUGUCUCACAUGACCAUCUACUCAGUCAGGCAUGGCGAGGUCAGAUGUUUUCCAGCAUCUCGGCCACACUGGGUUGAAAAUAUAAGGACAUGAAUGAUGCUUCUGUUUGUCUGUCCGACACAAUGCCUCACACAAGCUUAGUCCUCCUCAGCGUUUCUGUGUGUUGCAUAUUUAUUAAUUAUUAAAGCUAGCGUGUUUCAGGAUGGAGAGUCUGUUGUGCUUCAGUCAAAUCAGGCUUUUGUUAUUUGGACCUCCUGAGUGUUUGUCACAUGUGAAGAACACGGCAACAUUCCUGCACUUUAGUCUCAAAGGCUUCUUCUGACUGGCUCCAUGAAACAUGUGACUUAUCAUCUGUGACUAAAGAGAUAUAGUGGUUUCCUUGUAUAAAUAGUUGCAUUUGAGCUGCAUUAAAAGUUAGGAUCUAGAUCUUCAUGACAGGGUUGUUGGGUUUAAUUUGGCCUGAGAGACUUCCUCCUUGUAGAAAUGAGGCGUAUUUCAUGUUUGAUGUUGGAAAACAUUCAUUGAAACGCUGCAGAUUGACUUGAUAUAACGUCAUUAUUCCCCUGCUUAUGUUUUGUAUUGUUACAUUCUAUUAUACAUUUAGCAGUGUGCCAUUAAGAAAACACCUUGUUGUAGUAUCAUAAUCCAUGAAAAGCUUGUCCCUGCAUGUACUUUCUCUGAUAUCUUUUUUUCUGACUGCUCACCAUCACUGCAAACUUUAACAAACUUCCAGAGCGGUGGAUCCAAAUAUUUGAACAAGAACGUGCAUAUUUUCCCAGGCUUCUUGGCAAUGCUCGGCCAAACCACAACUCCAGUUUCUCUGUUAUUUCAGAGGAUUUAGGAGAUCUGUAUGAGUUAUUCCUUUCUGACAUAAAGCAAGCAUACACUUUUUAGUUUCACAGUUUCUCUUUUAUAAACGCCUCAUUUCAUGUUCUACUAUCAGCCCCUGUUGUCUUUUCUCAGACGCUGCAUCUGGUGUUAAUUUAUCAAAAGUUGCAAAGAGUUUGUCAACCACUGUUUCCACAACUAUUCAAGUACUCUGAAAUAUUCACAGUUUUUUUUAAACACAGGAAAAGCUGCUAAAAUGGGCGACUUCUUCCCGAUGGCCAGUAGAGGAGUCUGCCUUUCUGUUUUGUUUUUCUGGGGUGUCACGUUCAAUGUCACAGACGCAUUGAAAAAGUUCUGGAGAUCAACCUUGUGAACCAGUUUCAUAAAAUCCAGCUGUGAACGACGUCUCCAGCUGUUUCUGGUUGUACCGUGAGUCUGUUAAAACUACACGAUGAGAUCCAAGAUACCUGCUGACAACAAUGCAGCCCGUCUGUCCUCCACCCUUCACCUGAGUUAAAGAGUUACGCGUGAUAUCUAGUGACGCUAACUCUGCUUUAAUGGACACAUUUAGUUGCAGAAACAAAAUACAGUUCUUAUACGAUUGGUAAAGAAUCUUCAAAACCAAAAAUUAGCAUUGAAAUACAAGAAAUCAAAUUAUUUUUGUUUUCACAAAUAUAACAUCGUGGCAUUAAAUGAGAUGGACACACAAGUGGCACAUUUGUGAUAAAUAUUCAUUAGGAAACUGCUGUGAGUAAAUGAUGUCAUAAUAAAUCUCAGCAGUGAUGGAAAAAAAACCUGAAGUGAUGCAGACGUUUGGCUUUUUGUUGUGUGGAGAGAUCGAGACGAUGCAGUGAGGUGUUUGCUAUCGCUAACUUGGUGCUGUUUUCACUACUCUUACAUUGUUGUUUUGGUAGACAGCUGUUUUCUGCAACAACAAAAAAAACUUAACAUAUUCAGCAGUUUAUGAGACGGAUAUUUCCUUCUGGAGUUGGUGGAGACCAAAAGCCGAGCUAAAAGAGAGGUUAGAUGGCCAGAAAAACAUCUUCAAAUAAAUGAUAAUGCUGCUUUUUGUCUACUGGAUGUCUAUGGGAAGUGUUUAGCAAGUAUGCUAUAUCAACUUCAUGCUAAUAUGUCACUGUUGUGUUUAGCUUGUUUCUGUAGCAUCCAAGUGUCUCCAAAAAAAUCAGUUUGUGCAGGUUUGAACAAUAAUAUAUCUUCUGCUUUGUCAUUAGGCUGCAAACACGUUGAAAUAUUGAUCGUGUGAUGUAUUUAUCAGCUUGUGAAAGCGACCGGAGUCUCCCACAGAAAGGGUAGGAAGCUGAUUCUGCAACAUUUACCUCUUAACGGGUGUUUCCUGACAUUCAGCCCGGUGCUGUUAUCGUUGAUGUCGGCCCGUCCUGUUGGCAGAGUCCUGCGUGGGCAAAGUGGAUUAUUGUGCAGCGGAGGUGAUGAAAAGUUGCUCGGUGUUUACCCACCAGUGUAGAUAAGGCCCUCCUUCUUUCCCCCUAGAGGGAAGUGACCACAGUCACACAGAGUCACAAUCACAGCCGGGAGGCAGGUGAGAUAUCCGUGUUUCCAGAGGAAAAAACUACACGUACAGCAAGAUAAGAGCAGCAACACCAUCUGACCGGCAGGUAGUUUCAGAACAAAGGUGGACUACAACAGAGAGAGCAGGCACUACCCUCAAGCAUGAGGAUGACUUGCCAUUAGCGGAGCUGACUGGGCAUCUUGUGACUUUUAUUUAUUUUGCCCAAGAGAAGAGGAAGGGAGCUGUGAAUGACAGGCCAGUGGAGCCGGCGCUGCUUCUCCCUCAGCAGUGACAGCUUUUGAACUGUAAUCAAAAGCCAAGAGGACAGGGACCACAGCCUGAAGGAAAGAAAUGACCUGUUCCACUCCUGAGUUACUUUAGAUACAGCCAGAGGGGUUUGUGGACUCUGUUCUUUAGACAGCUAACACACACACAGAAGGAGUUUUUUUUUUUUUUUUUCUUCUUCGACUGCUGUGGAGGAAAGCCGGUAUGGAUGUUGGUUUCUGUCUCCGCUCGGAGGCGGUGGGAGCCAUGAGGACGGCACUGAUGUCCGCUGAGAACUUACAGCUCACUCUGAAGACUGAGCUCAGUCAGGAGGAGCAGGCCCUCACUCACACCAAGAGGAGCCCCAAGGAGACACUCAAAGCCGGGAAUGAAGACCUUAAAGAGAUGUUGGAGAGCAACAAGGAGUCGCUCAAACUGGAGGCCAUGAAAACGGUUGUUGGGCUGAUUGCCAAAGGGAAGAAUGCAUCCGAGCUGUUUCCUGCUGUUGUGAAGAACGUGGCGAGUAAGAACAUCGAGCUGAAGAAGCUUGUGUAUGUGUACCUGGUGAGGUAUGCAGAGGAGCAGCAGGAUCUGGCUCUGCUGUCCAUCAGCACCUUCCAGCGGGCGCUCAAGGAGCCAAACCAGUUCAUCCGGGCCAGCGCUCUGAGGGUUCUGUCCAGUAUCCGGGUCUCCAUCAUUGUCCCCAUCAUGAUGCUGGCCAUCAAGGAGGCGGCGGCCGACCUGUCCCCGUAUGUCAGGAAGACGUCGGCCCACGCGAUCCAGAAGCUCUACAGCCUGGAUCCCGACCAGAAGGAGCAGCUGAUCGAAGUGAUAGAGAAACUCCUGAAAGACAAAAGCACACUGGUGGCCGGCAGUGUGGUGGUGGCCUUUGAGGAGGUGUGUCCAGACCGCAUCGACCUGAUCCAUAAGAACUACAGAAAGCUGUGUAACCUGCUGGUGGAUGUGGAGGAGUGGGGUCAGGUGGUCAUCAUCUCCAUGCUGACGCGCUAUGCCAGGACGCAGUUCACCAGUCCCUGGAAGGAGGGGGCCAUGUUUGACGAGAACAACGAGAAGGCGUUCUAUGAGUCCGACUCCGAGGAGAAGAAAGACCAGACGGAGGCAAAGCCUUACACCAUGGAUCCAGAUCACAGACUGCUGCUCAGGAACACCAAACCUCUGCUGCAGAGCAGGAACACGGCUGUGGUGAUGUCCGUCGCUCAGCUCUAUUGGCAUUUGGCUCCUCAGCAUGAAGUCAACAUUGUCACCAAGUCACUGGUUCGACUACUAAGAAGCCACAGAGAGGUUCAGUACAUCGUGCUGCAGAAUAUCGCCACGAUGACCAUCCAGAGGAAGGGGAUGUUUGAGCCCUUCAUGAAGAGUUUCUAUGUGAGAUCUACAGACGCUACGCACAUCAAAACACUGAAGCUGGAGAUCCUGACCAACCUGGCCAAUGAAGCAAACAUCUCCACUAUCCUGAGGGAGUUUCAGACCUACGUGAAGAGCCAGGACAAGGCGUUCGCAGCAGCCACCAUUCAAGCCAUCGGCCGGUGUGCCACCAACAUCUCUGAGGUGACCGACACUUGUCUCAACGGUCUGGUGCUGCUGCUUUCCAACAGAGACGAGACGGUGGUGGCGGAGAGCGUGGUGGUGAUCAAGAAGUUGCUUCAGACUCAGCCCACCCAGCACAGUGAGAUCAUCAAACACAUGGCCAAGCUCUUCGACAACAUCACGGUCUCCAUGGCUCGAGCCAGCAUCCUGUGGCUGAUGGGCGAGUACUGCGACAGGGUGCCAAAAAUUGCCCCCGAUGUGCUCCGUAAGAUGGCGAAGACUUUCACGGCAGAGGAGGACAUCGUCAAGCUGCAGACGGUCAACCUAGCAGCCAAACUCUACCUGACCAACUCCAAGCAGACUAAGCUGCUGACCCAGUACAUCCUGAACCUCGGCAAAUACGACCAGAGCUACGACAUCAGAGACCGAACCCGCUUCAUAAGGCAGCUCAUAGUGCCCAACGAGAAGAGCGGCGCCCUCAACAAGUACGCCCGGCGCAUCCUGCUGGCCCCCAAACCGGCCCCGGUGCUCGAGUCCGCCUUCAAAGAUCGAGACCGUUUCCAGCUGGGCACUCUCUCCCACAGCAUCAACAGUAAAGCCGCCGGAUACCAGGAGCUCUCCGACUGGCCAGCUGUUGCUCCUGACCAGUCUGUGAGGAACGUGGAGGUCAUUGAGCCAGUGCAAGAGUGGGCACCGUUAGUUGGGAAGGCCAAGAAACCCAAAUCCACUGAGAAGUUCUACUCGGAUGAUGAAGAGGAGAAAGAAGAGGAAGGAUCAGAGAGCAGUGAAGGCGGCGACAGCAGCAGCAGCAGCAGCAGCAGCAGCAGUAGUGAAGAGUCGGGCAGCGAGAGUGAGGAGCAAAGCAGCGAAGAGUCGGACAAGAGCUCCAGCGGAUCUGGAAAGAGCUCCAGCGGAUCUGAAAAGAGCUCCAGUGAGUCUGAAUCCGAACAAAAGAAGAAGAAAAAGACCAAGAAGGCAUCGAAGAAGAAUGGCAAGACGACUGCUGCUUUCAGCGACUCGGAUGAAAACGGAAAUGGACCCGUAGCCCGAGAUGGCAGCACGUCGGCCGAGAGCUCCUCCGGCUCAGAGACCGACAACGAGGACUCCAAUUCAGACGCCCCCCCAACGCAACAGAAGAAGAAGAGCGACGUGAAGUCCAAACCCGAGGUGAAAGGGAAGUCCAAGAAGGAAGUCUCUUUACUGGAUCUAGAUGACUUUUCUCCUGCGCCCACGAACGCACCCAAGUCUUCGGUCGUCUCUUUGUCCCUGCUGUCCGACCUCGAGGGCCUUUCUCUCUCCAACACCUCCUCCACCAUGCAGGUCACCACUCCGUCUUUUGGCCCUGUGAAAACCUACGAGCUGCUUCACCAUAUGACCGGGAAAGGUUUGUCAGCCAAGUACCAUUUCCCCAGGCAGCCCUGUUUGUACCAGCCCAGCAUGGUGGCUGUACAGGUCACACUGACCAACAGCUCAGACCACAGCCUGGAGGAGAUCCACAUAGGAGACCGAAGCCCGGCGAGCCUCAACAUCCACUGCUUCAACACCAUCGAGCGGCUGGAGCCAGAGGCCUCUGUGACGGUUUCCAUGGGUAUUGACUUCAGCGACUCGACACAAGCAGCCAACUUCCAGUUGUGCACCAAGGAGGACCAGUUCAGUGUGUCCAUCCAGCCCGCUGUGGGAGAGCUGCUAAUGCCCAGCACCCUGACGGAGCAAGACUUCAGCAAGGAGCAAGGUAAGCUCCUGGGCAUGAACGAGACCUCUGCAACCGUCACGAUGGCAACAGCUAACACCUCCAGCCAGACCGUCAACACGCAGGUCCUGUCUGUGGCCAACGUAGGAGUGGUUUCAUCCGGACAAAACAGCCUCCACAGGUUUGCUGGGCGGACGGUGAGCAGCGGAGCCCUGGUCUUGGUCUCGCUGGAGCUGAAGGAGUCCUCCGCCGCGCUGCUCACCAUCAACACAGACAAGAGCGUCAUGGCGUCCAUGUUGCUCCGAGACCUCAAACAAGCCCUCGCCCUGGCGUAGAGAGCCCUCCCUCCCUCCUCCCUCCACCCUCCUCCUCCCUCCUCCCUCCUCCCUUGAGUAAAGGUAAAGGGGAACCACACUUCAUUAAAGAUUUCACGUAUUUUAUCUCUGUGAUUGAGGACAAUUCAAGCACUUUUAUCCGAAAUACGGAGCUUGAUCUUGUGUCACUCACGGAGAAUUAACUGGAAACUAUUUUUUUUUUUUUUAUGGGCCGUGGUUUUUGGGAAGGAUUGUCCUGAAUCACGAGAAUAACUUUGUGAAAGUCUUCGAGUAAAGUAGUGAACCCCCUUUAAGAACACACAGAAGGCAUCAAAGAAUUUAAAAUGUGACAUUUAACCUCCUUUAUACGUCACUCUCCAUCCAAUCGUGUCGGACCAACUGGUCAUUUACCUCAGCGGUUACUAUUUACUGUUCUCUGGUUUUGACCAAACAUUAUUUUAAGCAGCUGUACGUACAUGUUUGUGAGAGAGUACAUCGUUGCGUCACUCGACCGUCUGACCGUCGUCGAUGUUUCUACAGUUUGAGAUGUUGAGACGGUUUGCAUUGAUGGACUUUAGUGCCAAGAAAAAAAUAGAAAAAGGAGGAUUUCACCAUUAAAUGUAGACCUCAUCACAUGAUAAACGCCAAACGAGCCUCUCUGUCCCUGAUGUAGUUUUACCCCAAAAACCACAUUUGUUAAAGUGCCUUCUACGUGAAAAUGUUAUUUAGAAAAACCAAAACAUGUAUGUUAGACUUAAAUCAACAAGGUCUUUUUAUUUGUACCGCUUUGCCUGAACAAUAAAGAGUGAAUUUAUUCAAAUAAA